AUGUUUUCAAUUCCUUCUGGAAUGACUAUUCUCGUUUUAGACGACGAGACGCUGGGUGUUUUGAGCGUUGCAAUGGCCUUUUCAGAAAUAAUGGAAAAAAAUAUUUUUCUUGUUGAACGUAUUAAGUCAGCGAGAGAUCCUCUUAAGCAUCUUACAGGUGUAUUUUUUCUUCGUCCCACAUAUGAAAACAUUUCCUUAUUAACACAGGAGCUUAAAUCUCCUAAGUACUCUUCGUACUUUCUAUUUUUCAGUCAUGCUCUGUCUAAACAGGCUCUUAAGCAACUCGCCGAAGCUGAUACUCAGGAAGUUGUGAUGGAGGUCCAGGAACACUUCGCUGAUUUUCUUGCACUUUCCCCACAUCUCUUCGCGAUCGACCGGCCUAUGUGUUUUACUUCAGGUUUUGAAGUUGUACCCGAGGUGAUCUCGCGCUCUACACAUGCUAUAACUGCUGCGCUUCUUACUUUACAAUGGUUUCCUCAAAUUCGCUAUCACCAAGCAUCUGACGGAUGCAGAAUUUUGGCUGAGUCUGUGAGGUCUUUUUGCUCCCGCGAAGUGGAAUUGUUUGAUUUUCGCAAGCCAGAUCGUCCACCUGUCUUAGUGAUUUUUGAUCGAAAUCAGGAUCAAAUUACACCUCUUCUUACUCAAUGGACAUACGAAGCAAUGAUUCACGAAUUGAUUGGGAUUAAAAACAACAGAGUAGAUCUUGAUUUGUCUUCCAGCACUCCAGAUAAAAUGUCGGAGUUAACUUUGUCGAGAGAAUUCGACGAAUUCUUCAGAAAAAACCAGUAUCUCAAUUUUGGUGAUAUCGGUCAGGCAAUCAAGGAACUUGUAAAGAACUUUCAAAACGUUACUAAAAAGGUUGAUGCCGCGAAUGCCAAAUCAAUUUCUGACCUCAAAGGUCUUUUGGAAAACUACCCUGCCUUCCGAAAAGCCUCUGCCACAGUUGAGAUGCACGUUUCUAUAGUUUCAGAGUUGUCUCGAAUAGUCAAGGAACGCUCAUUGUUGGAAAUAAGUGAAGUUGAACAGGAACUUGUGUGCCAAAGUAACCAUUCAUCAAGUUUCUCUCGGAUUCGUUCAUUAGUGUCUGACAAACGCAUAAAAGAUAGUGAUGCCCUCCGCCUUGUUAUUCUAUAUGUUCUGCGUUACGAUUCUAACCAUCGUGAAAUCUCAGCUUUGUCAUCUGCAUUAAUCGAGCGAGGUAUAUCGAAUGAUGAUAUUCACCUUAUUGAACACGUUGCUGACCAACGUAGCAGUCAGCGACGUGUUGGAAAUUCAGAUCUGCUUUCUGCUGUCCGAGACGUUGGCUCGAACCCGUCUGUUUCCACCGCCACAAAUGCUGUUGCCUCAAUCACAAAGCGCUUUGUCAAAGGUCGGAAAAUCGUUGAAAAUGUUUACACUCAACAUGAGCCCCUGUUAGUUGACGUAAUUCGUGGUUUGGCUCAUGGCCAGCUCCAGGAAUCAUCGUUCCCAACAUUGGAUUGUGGACUCGGGAGCCCAACGUCAUCUCCUGCUAAAAAAAUUAUAGUUUUCAUCCUCGGCGGCACCACGUAUGAGGAGUCACUUGCUGUUCAUAAACUUAUGUCAACGAUGCCGGACCUCACCAUUUUGCUGGGUGGAUCAACAGUCCACAAUUCAAAAUCCUUCCUAGAGCAACUCCGUUCUGUCUCCCAAACGGCACUUCCCACGGAUGAAGGCAUGGUGUCUGUUUACCACCGAGGUUGUCGUUUUCCGAGCUUCUUUGCUUCUUUUUACCAACCCCUUCGAAAACGCCACAUCCCUUCUCCAGGAACAUUGGACCAACGACUAUUUCGCGAGUGCACCAAGCCCAUAUACCGUGAGCCAAAACUCUCGCGGGCGGAAAAGUAUCUGAUUUCGCAAGCAGAAAUCCAGAAAAGGUCUGAGCAAAAUCCAUAUCGGAAUUUCCUGAUUCGCAGGGCGAAAACAGAUUUUUACGAUAAAGCUGAGGGACAAAUGAUUCUUAUCUUUCAACCAUUGUAUAGUUUUCCCUGGGAACUAAGACCAUUCCUCAACAAGUUACAUGAAAAUGGCCUGAGGUUUCGGAGGUUUCCUAUGUCAGUUUUGAAAGAAGCCGCUAAGGGAACGAAGUGGGAAGUAUUCGCGCACACCGUGCUUAAGGAGCCGAUCCCCAAUCUCUACCUAUUCGGUGAUGCAGAUCCAAGCUUGUGUGCGACUGCGCUUGCUAUAACAGGUCGAGCACAUUUCUUUGUGCUCUUAGGCGGCAUUAUCCAACACCGGAUCAUGACCCGUGACGAAGUGAAAGCCUACGCGAGCCUUGGUGAUUUGCCAACUCUUCAUGCUGAACUCUUGGGUAAUCUUCAACACUCAACUUCUGAAAUGGCAAGACUUCUUAACCAUCAUGGAGGAGACUUGGCUACCUUGUUAAAGCAUUACUCAAAAUCGGACAACGAUUGCAGUGAUUCCUCCAGUAGCGAUUCUUCUGAUAGCUCCGACGAAGACUCCUGA